AGAAAAUACAUCCCACUAGGCUUCACCUACUGCUUUUCGUGCAUAUGAUCGCUAUAUCUAUCUGUAAUUAACAACUUAGUUGAAGCUUCCUAUAAUCAUUAUAUACAGAUUUGUUGUUUUAGAGUCAAUUACCAUGAAGAUGAUGAUAGACCUUGGGAAUCAAAGAGGUCCUCUCCAUAUAAACACAAUGGACAUGGCGAUGGCGACCUCCAUCGAAUGUGGGCGUGAAGUUCGGUUUCGACGAUCCAUAUGGUCCCUGGUCGAAUGCUUGGUCCCUUGUUUCGGGUUUCCUCCUUCGGCCUCGGUAGCCAGCAGCGACACGGACUCGAGUCACGGCUCGUUGAGCAUGUCGACGUCGCCUUCGACUUCGACCAUCACGGGAACCUUCUUCGGGUACAAGAAGGGUCGUGUGAGUUUCUGCCUGCACGACGACACGCGGGGAUCUCCGCUUCUGCUGUUGGAGCUGGGAAUUCCCACGGCGUACCUGGCAAGGGAGAUGCAGCACGGGCUGAUGAGAAUGACGUUGGAGUGCGAGAGGAGCAAAGAGAGGUCGUCGUGCUGGCUUUAUGACGUGCCGGUUUGGUCCAUGUACUGUAACGGGAGGAAAGUGGGGUUCGCCAUAAAGAGGCAGAUGAGCGGCGACGACGCGGCGGUGCUUAAGAUGAUGCAGUCGGUGUCGGUGGGGGCGGGGGUUUUGCGGGUUGGGGGGAAGUGUGAGGAGGAGCUGAUGUAUAUGAGAGCUAGUUUCCAGAGGGUGUUCGGGUCACCACACUCGCACUCGUUUCACAUGAUUAAUCCACUGGGUAGCACUGCCCAGGAGCUCAGUAUUUUCCUAUUCAGAUCAUGACACUUA